AUGGAUUUCUUUGAUACGACUGAUCUUGAAAAGUAUGGAUUAGGAUUAACUGGCGUUGGCAUACUUUUCUCUUUACUUGGGAUUAUCUUCAGCACGAGAUUGGCUGCCGUUGGAAAUGCCCUCCUUAUUUGUGGGGUGCCCUUAAUCAUUGGGCUGAAUUCCACUAUGCGAUUGUUAAUGAAACCAAGUAAUUUUAAGGGAAUAAUCUUCUAUGCUAUCGGGCUCUUCUUGGUUGUCAUUGUGGGAUGGCCUUUUUGGGGCAUGAUUAUGGAGGGUUAUGGGUUCUUCUUACUGUCGAGUGGUUUCUGGCCUACUAUAGCUGGUUUUUUACUGAAGAUUAUUGCUCUUGGUCCGUUGCUUAUAGUGCAAUUUAUCCGAUGGGCUAGAGGCAAUGCAAUUUUGCACAAGCAGCGUUUGGCACAUGAACAAGAUGUACUUGUUAUUAAUAUAUUUAUCUAUUCGUCAAUUUGA